AUGGAGGAUAAGUUGGAUUCUGUUAAAAAUGCCUUAGAAGCUGUUUACAAUCCAACUGUUGAUAAUGGGCGAAGAGUAGAAGCAUUUCAGAUGCUUGAAUCACUGAAGGAACUAGCACCUGCUGAUGUGAAAGAAAUUGGUCAUGCAUUAAUAUGGAAACACGAUAUUAUUCUUGCUCGAACGGGAUGGAAUUUUUUGGAACAUCUCAUCAAAUAUAAAUGGUUGGAACUAGAUGUUAAGUCACGUAUAGAACUACGAAAUUGUUGUUUUGCUGCUAUGAAGUCAAGAAGUAUGGAGUGCAAAGAGUUGAGGUGUGGUGCAGCACGAUGUAUUGUUUUCAUCAUUCAACAUGAAUGGCCUCAAAAUUGGCCAGAAUUAUUUGAUCAACUUGAUGAUUUUUCAUCACUCUCAGUAACGCAUGCUCAGAUCUCGUUCAUCAUACUGCAGCUAUUAAUUGAAAAUGUAAUUACGUUGGCGACAAUUGAAAACGCUUCAAGAAAGAAAGAUCUCAAUAAUGGAAUAUCUUCCAGUAUGCCACGUAUAUUGAAAACCAUUUCUUUCACACUGCAGCAGUGUUUACUUCGAUCAUCAGAUGAAUUGUAUUUGCUUGCCCGUUCUGCAUUAGAAUUAUUUAGUGAAAUUGCUGAGUGGGUAAAAGCCCAAAUUUUGCAACCCCAUAUCGAAAAUUUGAUCUGCUCAAUUUGUUCGUUUCUUGAAACUCCUCAGUAUGGUAUUUAUGAAGUGGCAGCAAAGUGUUUAUGGAUGUUAGCAUCUCGUAAGCAAGUCAAAAAUGAAGAAAAUAUUGUUGUUCUUGCGCUUUUUAGUGACAUUCCAAUGCGUGCUAUUCUUGCAGCAGCAAAUCAGGCAGCAAGUGUUGGUGCUGAUAAUGUGCAGUAUUAUCGUUUUCUAAAAACUCUAUGCAAUGUUUUGUCGUCCUUAGGCAUUCACCUAGCUGGUAUCUGGAUUCAAAGGCCACCUAAUUUUGCAAUGUACUUAGCUGCUAUUGAAGCAUUCUUUUUACAUCCCUCACUUGUGUUACGAAACGAAGCAAUUGCUGUUUUUUCCUCAUUGAUAAACCAUGAUAAGAUUUUUGAUGAUGAAAUAUUGAGUGAAUUCAUUAUUCGAAUCAUCGGUGCCACACCUUUACAACUGGAGAAAGUCGGUUAUCCGUCUAUGAGUGAUUGUGAAGCAUGUCGUUUCUCACAGCAUGAUUAUGAUAAUGACGAUGAAUUUUCACACGAUUUUUUAAAAUUUCGCGAUCGUUGUUUGAAAGUUAUGCGGUCAUGUUGUAUUGCAAAAUAUAGUGGAUUAUUGAUGAAUGUAGUAGAGGACUGGUUUAUCAACCGGUGUAUUAGCAAAGCUGAUUUAGUGAGAGAAACUGAGUGGGUUGCAAUGCAGCGUUUUUCAAGGAUUGUUUUAUCAGAAUGUCACUAUAGAAAAUUGUUACAGCCAGAUGAUUAUAAACGAUUGAGCUCAGUUUUUGAUGGUGUACUGUCAUUGUUAGCAAAUUGCUCAUCUCCAUCCCUUAUGGACAGCCUGCUUUCUGUUCUUUCAACGCUGCUGAUUGUUAUUAGAGAUUACCCACAACUACUUGUUCCUCUUCUUUGUCAGUUACGCCGUCCAUUAAGUGAUACGAAUGAUGAUGAUGUGGAUGGAAAAUCUGUGAAGAGGCAUUGUUUAGCUUUAUUGCUUAGGAUCGUUACUGCUUUUGCUGAAGACGUUAAGGGACAAGCAGGGGUUAUUUUGGACUUUUGUCUUUCAGUUCGUCCCAGUCUAUCGUUAAUGCAAUUAGCUUCGUGCAUGCAAGUAGUUGCAGCUUUAAGCAACCUUUGCUGUGAUUUCACUACACAAAGCUCUUUACUUGCUGUUGCUUUAUCAGAUCCUCUUUCUUAUAUGCUCAAGGCAGAAGUUCAAGAAGCCUGCGAUAAUGAUACGGCGUUCCUUACUUUCUUUGGUUUCACUUCUCCAGCGCCAGGGAAUCUUGAUGAAGCCACAAACUCUCCUUAUAUGCUCAAUCGUCGAGAAUUUCGUGCACAUUUAUUCACUUUGGAAGGAAUAAUGGCUCAAACUCAGUCUGUCUGUCCUCCUUCUCAUCCGGCAUACAAUGAUUUUCAACCAAUUUUGCCUACAAUAUUUCUGCUUGCAAAGCGUUUAACCUCGAUGUAUGAUUCGAGAAAUUUGGAUGUUUUGCAUGUUUCUUAUCGUUCUCUGUCUAUUUUUGAUAUUACUGCGAAUGAGCGGCAACAACUACUGACAUCGAUUGAUCCUUGUUCUUCGUCUACAGCUCGAAUUCUUUUUGACGAUCCUGGAACGCAUGCCCGUGCAUUUUUUUUCGAUAUCUCGGAGAAAAUGCAAGUUUUCAUUCGCUUGAUUGAUUGUUUUUAUGUAAAAGAUCAAACUUUGAUUGGAUUUUUUGCUACUAAGGCAACGAUGCAGCUAUUCUCGGACUUGAGUAUCAGCAGUUGGAUAUCUUCUCUUUCAUAUGGCAUCAGUUUUGUUCCAGAUCAUCGCUUACGGUUAUGGCUGAGAAAGACAUUGAAACCAUUUCUGUGCUCGUGUCCAGAAACGUCUUAUAAUGAAGUGAAACAUUUGCUGCUGGCAGUAAUUGUCGUCUUGAGCAGACGCUUACAACAUGGGUGGACACAAGUCGAGAUAUCUGAAAGCUCAGAAAAUGCGGAACCUUCUCAGGAAGAACUUUUAAAUGAGCACGUGAUUAGCAUUUUAACACGUGAAAGUGUCACGUUUUUGCGAGAAUUAUUUAACAUAUCGGAUUCAGGAGAAAAGAUUGAAAUACCAUCUAGCAUCAGAAAUUGCUUCUUGAGAGACGAGAAUAUCAUAGGAGAAAUGGUUAGACUAAUGUUUUUGCUUUUGACUUUUCGCGACACUUCUGCGGCGAUCCGAGUAAUACCUGUGUGCAGAAAUGCUCUCGAAUGCCUGAAUGAAAAUUGUGAUGAACAAACGGCCCUUUUCAUCUUUGUUCGUAGCAUUCAGAGCUUGCAGCUCCAUGGUUCGGAUGAGCAAGCACUCACCUAUAUCUUGUCACUAAUUUUUUCCAUUUAUUCAACUUUGCACGAGCGGUUCCCUAAUUUGUCGCGAGUGUUACUUCAAGUACCAGAUUGCUCUCCAGGCGAUGUUGAAAGAUUAAAUCUUCGAAUUGCAUCUAUGAAGCGCAACGGAGAUUUUAUGAAUGACAAGAUGAAAAGAGAAAUUAUUAAAAAGCUGCUCGGAACUGUUAUUGCUACUUCAGUCGGUAAGCAGCACAGAAGACCAGUCCACUUCCGCCCUCUACCUCCUAUAAUAAAGCAAAAUAAAGAACUUGUUCAAGAAGAUUUCAAUGUUUUGGAGCUUCUUUUUAAUUCGUAUUGA